AAAAGUAGAGGAGAAACCGAAAACGGAAGAGAAAGAAAGAAAACAGAGAAAUAACACUUUGUGACAAACACAACUACCUUUUUGAGAACAAUGAAAUUGAACUUAACCAUUACUCUUUCUCUUUGACUCUUCUCUCAGUCUUUUAACUCUUUUAACUCAAACUCAAAUUCUCUCUCUCUCUAUCUCGUUGUGUCUGGAUUGUUCACCAUACAAUGCUCUAAAUAGAAAUUGAAGAAAGAAGCAGUUCCAAAUUCACCAAAAACCAACCAUGGCCACUACCAAUGGGGACCAAGACUCCGUCAUAGUGCCUUUACUCUCCGUUCAAAGGACCACUCCAAACUCCACCUCUCAAGUCGCCAUCGUCGGCUCCAAAGUCUGCCCAAUCGAGAGCCUCGACUAUGAGAUUUUCGAGAACGAGUUGUUCAAGCAAGACUGGAGAGGGAGUAGCAAAGUGCAGGUUUUCCAGUACAUAUUUAUGAAAUGGCUGUUGUGCUUUUUGAUCGGUCUGAUCGUCAGUCUAAUCGGUUUCUGCAACAAUCUCGCCGUCGAAAAUCUCGCCGGCACGAAAUUCGUCGUCACCUCUAACAUGAUGUUGGAGAGCAGGUAUGGGAUGGCAUUUUUUGUAUUUGCAACGUCUAAUUUUGUUCUCACUCUGUUUGCGGCUAUAAUUACUGCUUUUAUAUCACCGACGGCAGCCGGGUCGGGUAUUCCGGAAGUGAAAGCUUACCUGAAUGGCGUGGAUGCGCCCGGAAUAUUUUCUUUGCGGACUUUGGUUGUAAAGAUAAUUGGCAGCAUUUCUGCAGUGUCAUCAUCUCUUCUUGUGGGAAAGGCAGGACCCAUGGUCCAUACUGGAGCAUGCGUUGCAUCAUUGCUGGGUCAGGGUGGGUCAAGGAAAUAUAAGUUAACAUGCAAAUGGCUACGAUUUUUCAAGAAUGAUAGAGACCGACGAGAUCUUGUAACAUGUGGAGCAGCAGCUGGAAUUGCUGCUGCUUUCCGUGCUCCUGUUGGUGGCGUGCUGUUUGCUCUUGAAGAGAUGGCAACUUGGUGGAGAGGUGCCCUUCUAUGGAGAGCUUUCUUUACAACAGCUAUAGUUGCAAUUAUACUUCGUGCUUUCAUUGAUAUUUGUUUAAGUGGCAAAUGUGGCCUAUUUGGUACUGGGGGGCUGAUAAUGUUUGAUGUCUAUUCAGCAAAUAUUUCGUAUCAUGUUGAGGAUUUGCCUCCUGUGCUUGCCCUUGGAGUUAUAGGGGGAAUAUUGGGAAGUUUCUAUAAUUUUCUAUUAGAUAAGGUUCUCCGAGUAUACAAUCUCAUUAAUGAAAAGGGCAUCGCUUACAAAAUUUUUCUUGCUUGCUUGAUCUCCAUUUUCACAUCCUGUCUUCUUUUUGGAUUACCAUGGAUUGCAUCUUGCCGACCUUGUCCAGCUGAUGCAUCUGAAGCCUGUCCUACAAUAGGUCGCUCUGGUAACUACAAGAAGUUCCAAUGUCCUCCUGGUCAGUACAAUGAUCUUGCCAGCCUCAUUUUUAAUACAAAUGAUGAUGCUAUCAGAAACCUUUUCAGUAAAGACACCAAUGCUGAGUUCCAACACUCCUCAAUGCUCAUAUUCUUUGUUACCUGCUUUUUCUUAAGCAUUUUUAGCUAUGGGGUUGUGGCUCCUGCUGGUCUUUUUGUACCUGUUAUUGUUACCGGUGCAUCUUAUGGACGUUUUGUUGGAAUGUUGGUUGGUCCACACUCAAACCUUAACCAUGGCCUCUACGCUGUGCUGGGUGCUGCUUCCUUGCUUGGUGGGUCUAUGAGAAUGACGGUUUCUCUAUGUGUAAUUAUCCUUGAAUUGACCAAUAAUCUACUAUUGCUACCACUAAUAAUGCUAGUGCUUUUUGUUUCUAAGACUGUAGCUGAUGCCUUCAAUGGCAAUAUCUAUGACCUUAUUAUGAAAGCCAAGGGGUUCCCUUAUUUAGAAGGCCAUGCUGAGCCUUAUAUGAGGCAGCUGACAGUAAGUGAUGUAGUCACAGGCCCACUUCAGCUCUUUCAUGGCAUUGAGAAGGUCAGUAAUAUAGUACAUGUUCUCAGAACUACAAAGCACAAUGGCUUCCCUGUACUUGAUGAGCCUCCGCUUUCUGAAUCCCCAGUAUUAUUUGGUAUAAUCCUACGAGCUCACCUUAUUACAUUGUUAAAGAAGAAAGCUUUCUUCUUUCCUACCCCUGACCGAACAGGAAUGGAUGCCUUAAAGCAGUUUUCAGCAAGCGAUUUUGCAAAGAGGGGUUCAGGCAAUGGUGACAAGAUAGAAGAUAUAGAAUUGAAUGAGGAAGAGAUGGACAUGCUCAUAGAUUUACAUCCUUUUACUAAUGCUUCGCCUUAUACUGUUGUGGAGACAAUGUCACUAGCAAAGGCUCGCAUACUUUUUCGAGAACUUGGUUUAAGGCACCUGCUGGUGAUACCCAAGAUCUCUAGUAGAUCUCCUGUGGUGGGUAUAUUGACAAGGCAUGAUUUCAUGCCAGAACACAUAUUGAGUUUGCACCCUCUGCUGGUAAACAGCAGGUGGAAAAGAUUAAGAUUUCGGUUUCCGCCUAUGAGAAAGUUCUUUUAGGUUAUCUCAGCAAGCAUCAAAAGUUACCCCCGAGAAUAAGUUUGUAAAUAGUCUUAUUGGAGCUGCUCAAGGUUUCAAAUUCAUCAGAAGACCGGCUUUUUCCUUCCUUUGUCAAUAUUGUUGCUAAAUUUAGAGCUGAAGAGGGCCAGAUAAGCAUGAAUCAUGUUUCAUGAACCAUUAAUUGUGAUAAUUCUUGCUCCAGUUUUGCAGUACAUUGAAUAAAUUAUGAAUGCCUUUUACUUGAAAAAUUGUUCUUCCUGAGCUUGGGGCAGUUGAGUUAAUGGGGGCAUUGUUCAAGUGGCUUGCUUUCAUUUGGAUGACAAAUUGCCAUACAGGUGAAUCUAAUUUAAGGUUAAUUUUGUUGAUCAAAUUCACUGGUAGAUGAAGAAUUCAAUAAGUUAAGUAGUUUUGAAAAUUUCUGGGAAGUGCACCAAGGGAUUUGAUGAUUUUGUCAUUCUUCUUUGAGUCUCAGCGUAUCAUCAUUAUUUUUCUAUGCAGUGAAGCAGAAGUUUGUUUGGGGGUUCCAUUCAAGGCCAUUAUAAGGGUUUUGGUACUGUAUGCUAUAGAAAUCUUCAGACUGCUACCUGGUACGGGAUUACAAUUAUAGGGCAUCAUUAUAGUGGGCAUUAUAUGUUGUAGUACCCAAACAUUUUGACAUCAUUGCAGCCUACUUAUUUAUUUUUAUAGUUUUCUCAUAAACUGUUUCAGGAAUGAAGUUAAAUUAUUAGUUAAAGCUUAUUGGAGUCUUAGAGUUCUGUCAGCCACUGUAUUUUUUAAAAUUGUAUCACAAGCAAAGAUAAAUCAAUGCUAAUAAUUUACUA